GGGACGUCACCCGUUAAACUUCCUCUCUCAGCCACACAGGAAGCUGAGCCAGCUUGGGGCCCAGCACACACAGGCCCCCCAGGACCCCUGGGGAGAGGGCCCCGCUGGGCUGGCCCUGCAGGGACCAUGGGAUCCAGAGCUGAAGGGGACUCCCCUGCCGUGUUUGACUGGUUCUUUGAAGCCGCCUACCCUGCCUCCCUGCAGGAGGAUCCCCCCAUCCUGCGGCAGUUCCCCCCAGACUUCAGGGACCAGGAAGCUAUGCAGAUGGUGCCUAAAUUCUGCUUCCCUUUUGAUGUGGAAAGGGAGCCCCCCAGCCCCGCCGUGCAGCAUUUCACCUUCGCCCUCACAGACCUUGCCGGCAACCGCAGAUUUGGUUUCUGCCGCCUGCGGGCGGGUACCCAGAGCUGUCUCUGCAUUCUCAGCCACCUGCCUUGGUUCGAGGUGUUUUACAAGCUACUGAACACAGUGGGAGACCUCCUAGCUCAGGACCAAGUCUCCGAGGCAGAGGAACUUCUUCAGAAUCUGUUGCAGCAGUCCCUGCCGGAGCCCCAGGCCUCAGUGGGGCUGGAGCUGGGCAGCGGAGUCACCGUCUCCAGCGGGCAGGGCAUGCCGCCCCCUACCCCGGGGAAUAGCAAGCCGCUUUCUUGCUUCGUGGCCCCGGACUCCGGCCGCCUACCAUCCAUCCCUGAGAACAGGAAUCUAACGGAGCUGGUGGUGGCCGUGACCGAUGAGAACAUCGUGGCGCUGUUUGCGGCGCUCCUGGCCGAGCGAAGAGUCCUGCUCACCGCCAGCAAACUCAGCACCCUGACCUCGUGCGUCCAUGCGUCCUGCGCACUCCUGUACCCCAUGCGCUGGGAGCACGUCCUGAUCCCCACGCUGCCGCCGCACCUGCUGGACUACUGCUGCGCACCCAUGCCCUACCUCAUUGGAGUGCACGCCAGUCUCGCCGAGAAAGUUCGAGAAAAAGCCCUGGAAGAUGUCGUGGUGCUGAACGUGGACACCAAUACAUUGGAGACGGCCUUUAACGACGUGCAGUCGCUGCCCCCAGACGUGGUGUCCCUGCUGAGGCUCCGGCUCAGGAAGGUCGCCCUGGCCCCCGGGGAAGGGGUGUCUCGUCUCUUCCUCAAAGCCCAGGCCCUGCUCUUCGGGGGAUACCGAGAUGCCCUGGUCUGCAGCCCGGGCCAGCCAGUGACCUUCAGUGAGGAAGCCUUCUUGGCCCAGAAGCCUGGGGCACCCCUGCAGGCCUUCCAUCGGCGGGCUGUGCACCUGCAGCUGUUCAAACAGUUCAUCGAAUCCCGAUUGGAGAAGCUCAACAAUGGGGAGGGCUUCUCAGAUCAAUUCGAGCAGGAGAUCUCCAGCUGCGGGGCCUCCUCAGGGGCCCUUCGAUCCUAUCAGCUCUGGGCCGACAAUCUGAAGAAAGGUGGAGGUGCCCUCCUGAAUUCAGUCAAGGCCAAGACCCAACCAGCCGUCAAGAACAUGUACCGCUCGGCCAAGAGUGGCUUGAAGGGAGUACAGAGCCUUCUAAUGUAUAAGGAUGGGGACUCUAACCUGCAGAGAGGGGGCUCCCUGAGAGUCCCAGCCCUCACCAGCCGCUCAGACCGCCUGCAGCAACGCCUUCCAAUCACUCAGCACUUUGGACGGAAUCGGCCCCUUCGCCCCAGCAGGAGACGCCGACUGGAAGAGGGACCUUCUGAGCCCCCAGGGGUGGGGACACCCCCUCUAACACCUGAGGAUGAGGGGUGCCCGUGGGCAGAAGAAGGUCUGGACAGCAGCUUCUUGGGAUCUGGAGAAGAACUGGAUUUGUUGAGUGAGAUUCUGGACAGUCUUAGCGUGGGAGCCAAGAGUGCAGGCAGCUUGAGACCAAGCCAGAGUUUAGACUGCUGUCACAGAGGAGACCUGGACAGCUGCCUCAGCCUGCCCAACAUACCAAGAUGGCAACCAGACGAUAAGAAACUACCAGAGCCCCAGCCCCUGUCCCUGUCCCUGCCGGCAGACUUGCUGUCCCUGCAAAACAUCCCAUCUUUGGAUGCCACCAGCUCCUCAAAGGACCCCAGGUCCCAGCUGAUACGCUCAGAGUCUGACCACCACGUCAUCUCUCCAUCUCAGACCUCACCAGCCUCUGCAGACCUACGCAUCUGGGGGUACCCCAAACCCUCUACUCUCAUAGAUCCCCUAAUUCUUCAGGCAGCUGAAGAUUCUAGAGCCCAGGAAAAUCCCACUUCCUGGCUCUCCCCCACACCCACCCAGCCCAGCCCUCCAGAAAGCCCCCAAAUUCUGGCCCCCACAAAGCCCAGCUUUGAUACGGCUUGGACGGCCCAGCUCCUUGAUCCUUCCUCAGACCCCACUUCCCUGGAGAACCCCAGAGUCCAGCCUCCCAAGGCCUUGCUAGCAGAGCACGCUCCUCUCCAACCACUUGAGGGACCAGGAGCCCCAGAUUCCCCCACCAGAAACUGGCAAAAGCCCCAGCCCAGCAGCCGGUCCAGAGUGGCUGAUCUUAAGAAGUGCUUUGAGGGUUAAGAAUGGAGUCCAGCCGGGCACAGUGGUUCAUGCCUGUAAUCCCAGCACUUUGGGAGGCUGAGGUGGGUGGAUCACCUGAGACCAGCCUGGCCAACAUAGUGAAACCC